UCAGAGGGCAGCGGUCAUGUGUGUUAUUGAUGUAGCUUGGUUAAGGAAAAGGAAUAGGUGAAAUCAUUAUACUGUGUGUAUGUUGAGCCUUUGUCCCAGAAGAUAUAAAACUUCCUUAAAUUGGAUUGGUUUUAUCUAAAUGUGUAUUAUAUACACUUUUACAAGUAGUCGUGUGAUUCCAACAGAAUAAGUGAGGUUAUGUGAAAAAUCAAUUCACCCAUUUCAGUAUAAAAAACAAUGUAUUUACUAUAUUAUUGUGACACAAUAUAUUGGUAAUCAUAACGGAACAAUUCUCUACAAGCCUACAUUCAGUAUGACUCAGGCGGAAACUUGAUCAGUGAAAAACAUGUUCUAUAUAGUGAAAUCAUGCCAGCGAAUCAAACAGAGCAGCCAUAACCUCAAAUCCUGCGUCCAUUUUAUAGUCAGGAGUUCGACAAAAGCAGCGGCCGUGACGAAAGCCAGCCAUGAGCAGACGACUGUGCGACACGUGGCUGCAGUGCUGCAGACACCACCCGCAGCCACAGCUGCCGCUCCUGCUCCCACCAAGACUCCUGAAGUCCAGUGGACUCCGGUGGCGCUCGAUUGGCGAAAGCUGCCCCAACAUUACCUGAAACUCUCCAAGUCCCGCCUUACUUCUCUGGUGGUGCUAACAUCAAUGGCCGGCUAUGCGAUGGCACCAGCACCUUUUGAGUUGACAGCGUUCGCUCUGUGCUCAGUCGGUACUGGACUGCUCUCCUGCGCAGCCAACGCCAUCAACCAGUACCACGAGGUUCCGUUUGAUGCUCAAAUGGCUCGGACACGCAACAGGAUACUGGUGCGGGGCCUACUCUCGCCAAUCCACGCCCUGGGGUUUGCCUCAGUGUGUGCCACGACCGGCAUGACAGUCCUCUACUUCGGUAUCAACCCUCUCACAGCAGGCCUAGGGCUGGUCAACCUCGUCCUCUACACCUCGGUCUACACUCCCCUCAAGAGAGUCAGCAUCCUCAACACCUGGGUGGGCUCUAUCGUGGGAGCUCUGCCCCCGUUGAUGGGCUGGGCGGCCUGUACUGGUGGGCUGGAGGCGGGGGCGUGGGUCCUGGCGGGGCUCCUCUACGCCUGGCAGUUUCCACACUUCAAUGCCCUCUCGUGGAAUCUACGCCCCGACUAUUCCCGGGCCGGCUAUCGCAUGAUGUCCGUCACCAAUCCAGGAUUGUGUCGCAGGACAGCCUUGCGCUACACAGCGCUCAUCGUACCAUUGGCCGCUUCUGCUCAUUGGUUGGAUCUCACCAACGAUUGGUUCGUCUACGAGUCGUUACCUCUUAAUGCAUACUUCCUUUUCCUUGCCUGGAGGUUCUACAAGAAUUCUGACAGUUCCAGCUCGCGCAAACUGUUCCACUUCUCGCUUAUCCAGCUGCCGGUGCUGAUGCUGCUGUUGCUGGUCAACAAGAAGCAUUGGCAUAAAAAGAAAGAGGAUGAAUCAAAAGGACAAUCGUCCACGGCCACAGACUCUCUGCCGAUCUCGGUUCCUCUGGUGGCCACGCCAGCAUUAUGACCAACUCCGAUGACAUGUACAGCAACAUUUUAACAACAGAUGUGCGAAACCUUAAAUUGUGUACAGUCCAGUGCUUGUCGGUGCUUUGUACAAAAUAAAGCUUUGUAGAUUUAAGGAGCGAAAACGAAAAUCACUAUUUAUUUUGUAGGCUGUGACCUGUACCAUUGUUUUGUUCGUACUAAAAAUAAUUGGAAAUUUAAUUCCAAACCCAAACUGAAAUAAUUGUUCAACAGAGUACAUAAUUAUUUUAAUCUAAAAAGGACCAUUUUUUUCUGAUAACAGCACGAAUAUUAUUAUUGCUCUUUCAAGUAAGUGUACCUUAUCAGCAUUUGAAUUUUAUAUUAAUUUUAGGUUUAUCCGUUAAAACUAGUUGGGAAUUAUGCCGUUUCAAGUGAAUGUUCAUUUUUUAGCAGUAGCUUAAAAAAAUUAGCAAGUGUUUGACAUUUUGUUGUCUUUCUUGUGGUAAAACAUAAACUAUUGUACAAAAUAUAAAUUUAAGCGACUAUUUAUUAAUGUACUAGACGUAAAGUAGUUUGUGAUAUUAUUAGGAGAGUACUUAGUAUGGCAGAUAAAAAUGUCAAAUAAAUAUCACCCAAGCAUUAAUUUCAAAUAAUUAAGUGAAGAUUGUUCAUUUAAUUUUAAUUGUAUCUGCAAUAAAUGCAAAUAUUUUGUUGAAAA